AUGGCUCCUCUCAUCCUCCACAAUGUCCCCGACGAGGAGUGCUACGUCGGCGACGACGGCAUCAAGCGGCCCUACGCCAUGUACUUCAACCAGAAUGACGCGCACACCGGCACCUCUAGAUCACGGCGCAGCGUCGCAGAAACCGGUUCGUUUGGCAAAUCCACCCGGCGGUCUCGAUCACGAACUGGCACGCCAGCUCGAAGUCGCGAGAACCCGACCCUCGCUGCCGCAGACAAGCUUUUCGGCGACUGGGUAUCCAACCAAGCCGCCGUCGCUGCGCCAUCCAAUAACCAGCGCAAGAGCAGCGGUCUGAUGCAGGACGAUGCCCCUCCGCAGCGCGUCGUCAAGUCCAUUCCGGUCGAGGUCAUUCUUCGCGGUUACCGUUCGUCAGUCCAGCAAUACGCCGCCAUUUCCCACUAUGAGGAACUCGCCGGCGCCAUCCUAGAAGACUACCCUCGAGACCCUCCCGCCUCCCAAAGGCGAUACAAGUCCGAACUGCGCGACCCAGCCUUGACACGCCGGCGAAAGCUCAGCCCCGAAGAGCGCGCUCUCGUCAACCGUGCCGAUGGCGGCGAACACUGGGUCAAGGUCACAUUCGAGAGCACCGAGGCUGCCAACGACGCCAUCUACGCCAGUCCCCAGCGGAUUCUGGGCUACCUCGUCUUUGCCGAGCAGUACAGAGGCAUCCCGCCCGCCAAGGAUGAGGCGUGCCCGGAUGUCGACAGCAUCAUGGACAGCGAGUUUGAGCGAGCCCAAAGCAUGCCCGCCACCAUGGGCACGCCCCGUCGAAAGAGCACCAACAACAACAGCCUGCCUCCGAUGCUGCACAGCCGACUGAUAGACAUGUCGCCGUCGGAAUCAAAAUCGUCAAGCCAAACCCUCGACACGGCCACGCUGACGCCGUCGCACACGUCCUCGGCCACCAUGCAGGAAGCACCCGGCGUGAGCUCAGGCGUGGAACCCAUGGAGCUGCAAGAAGAAGACGGCAUAUUUUGCCGCCGCAUCCCCACCGCCCGUCGAGCCCGCCUGCUCCCCGCCGAACAGGCUCUUCUGCCGCAGCAGUCCGUCAUGCAGCGCUUCGUCAAUGCCGUCCCGUUUAUCAAGUGGUUCAGCGGCAGCAUGAUUGGCAACGAGGUGCCGCGAACGGAAACAGGCGAGUUCGACUGGGGGCGCGCCAGUCUGUACUGGAAGAUUAUCUGGUGGCUAGAUGCCACAUUUGGCCUGUUCAGGGGCGACGUCUACAGCGUUGACAAGGACGACUAG